ACUUUACUCCAAAGUCAAACACGGUGCAAAUCAGCGGGCGUCGCUCGGCUUUUCUCGGACCCUUCACCAAUUGGCCGAGGCGCACAUGAAAGCAUCCCUCAUUUGUUGCCUUAAAAAUAGACCGGACUACUAGACACAUUUUUUCGAGCACCAUUGCAUCUUGGCACCCGAUACCCAGAGCCCAAAGCUCUGUAAAUGGUGUUGCUGGAGGAUAUAUAAGAGGCAGGCAAAGCGCUGUUGGGACAUUCACUCGGAAUCCGCCUUGGUUGUUGUCACUCGCUUCAACGCGCAGCGCAAAGAUCAGAAAAAUAAAAUGGCCUUCACUGGUUUUCUCAAUGAUGCCGAGAUGAAAGCAGCUCUGGAUGGCUGUUCAGCCCCCGAAUCGUUCAACUUCAAGACUUUCUUCAAGGUGUCUGGCCUGGCCAGCAAGUCUCCCGAUGAUGUGAAGAAAGCCUUCCGGAUCAUUGACCAGGACAACAGCGGCUUCAUUGAGGAGGAGGAGCUCAAGCUGUUCCUGCAGAACUUUUCUGCGUCUGCCAGAGCUCUCACCGACAAGGAGACCAAAACCUUCCUCGCCGCCGGUGACAGCGAUGGUGACGGCAUGAUUGGCAUUGAUGAAUUUACUGCCCUUGUCAAGGAAUAAAUUCCCCCUGACCAAGACCCUCUUGAUUUCACCGAGUCCUCACUGGAUCCGGUAAUCCCAUCAGCCGAAAGCAUCUUUUUUAUAGCUUAUUUAUGGGUUGCCUGCGGACUAUUUCUCAACAUUGGAGCACAUCCUUUCACUACUGCGUGUGAAUGUUCUGAAACUUGUGCAAGUUGUACACCAUCUGCACUUUUUGAGGCAGAGUGAAAAAGCCGGGAAUAAAAACUCUUCUGGUGUAAAAA